AUGGGUUGCAGCUUGAAGUCUGAAAAGGAGCUGAAGAAAGAGGGAAGAGGAGGCAUGGACAUGAAAGUCAUCAAAAAAGCUGAUGUCGUGCUGGUCGGCGCUGGUGAAGUUGGUGUGGCUAAAAGUUGGAGUGUAGCUGCCAAGGAGAGGAUUGAUAUCCUCUGCCCGGAGGUAAUCUUGUACUACAGCCAAUUCAUGGGAGUCGUGGACAAACUUGAUUUUGUCAUGACACUUUCCCCCAUGCGUGUUAAAACCAGAAAGUGGACCGUGAGAGUCCUGUCACACUUUGUGUCGUUAGCCCUCGCAAAUUUGUGGCUCGAGUAUGUGCGGGACGUGAGCAACAAGGGCCUCACACGAAGCAAGACACACGACAUGAUGUCUUUUCAGAUUGAAGUGGCACUGAGCCUCAUCAAGCAGAACCAAGAAGUGCAAAAAAAAUGA